GUAUUAGCAACGCUGAGGCCAGGCAGCCGGGCAAGGCACCGAACUUCAGCGUGAACUGGACGGUCGGCGACCAGGCCCUGGAAGUGGUCAACGCCACCACGGGGAAGGACGACAUGGGGCGCCCCUCACGGCUCUGCAAGCACGCGCUGUACAGCCGCUGGGUGCGCCUGCACACCAAGCUCUCGUCCAUCCUGCGGAUCAAAGUGCCGAAGCCGAGCUCGUACCACGAAGCCAAGCAGGCGGCUGCAGAGUACCACUCUGCUAAGAAGGCACUCAUCAAGGCGUUCCACAAGGCCGGCCUGGGGGCCUGGGUCAAGAAGCCCAUCGAGCAAGACCAGUUCACCCUCAGCUCCUGAGGGAGUUCAGGGACCGAGGGGUGGGGUUUCCUAUUGCACCCGCCCCUCCCUCCCUCCAUGACCCAGGCUUAAAGCCAGAGAGCCCUUCAUCACCAACCAGGCAUUCACGUCCAUCUCCAUGUGUGACAAACUGUUUACCACUCAUCGCUCUCAUUCCUCAGAGGACCUCCGCCUCAUGUCUUUCACUCAUUUUAUAGAUUAUUUGUUUCCUGGAUGGUGUUUUCCAUCGUCUUGUUUAUGUUUUAAACUGGAAUCAGUGUUUUUUUAUGAUUUGUUUUUCAGUGUUUAGUUUAUAUUUCCCAUUCUGUAGAUCUGAUUUUAAA